CAAGUAGAACAUGGUCAUGCUUGAUGUGUGUUUUGAGCAGCUUCCCUUAAAGGACACUGGAGUAAAUCUCUUUGCAUAACGCGUAGUACAACUCCCGGUAAAAGGCAGAAGUGCUGAUUGCUUAAAACAGAGUAAACAUGCUUGUUAUGACAACAUUCACUAAAUAUGUCAGUUAUCGAAUGGCUCGAGUAAUAAAAACAACACACAUGUGUGUAGGUUUCGUACAGGAAGCUCUCUGGAAACUCCUUCCUUCCCCUUUUUUCAGUCAACUCUCUAUUUCUUGAGUAGAUAAUAUUACACCAGAAGCGUGUCAAAGCCAAUAUCUCAUGUGAAGGUAGAAGGCGUGGCUUUCAAAUUUCUACAGGUUAAAGGUGCAAUUGUGAGUUAGAGGUGAUGCAGAUGAUGGGAACAUGAAGCUGUUUACGUACAAAUAAUGUUACUGAGACAAACAACGUCUUUUUAGACUGAAUCCACCUCGAAAUGGAGCACCAGGACAUGAUGAAUUCCGGACAAUACGGCUCUGGGGAGGACGUGGAGUCCGCCAUGGCUGACGUUACCCUCGACGACGGCCCUCAGGAGGACAUGAAGAACGGGACGGCGGGACACACGAGGCCUGGGGACGGCCCGGGAAAAGAUGGCCUUUCUCCCAAAGAGGAGACAGAGGGGUCAAAGCCGGAAUCGCCCUCUCGGGACGAUGUAACAGAGGGUACAGAGCCUAAAGCUGCCUCCGGUCGUGAGGAUGUGGUGUCUGCUGCACCAGGGACAGCAGGAGCAGGUGAAGAUGCUUUAACACCAGAGGGGCUCUCUCCACCACACAGUGGUAGAAGCAGCGCGGCGUCUAUGGACAGGGAAGAGGAGCGUUUGAACGGGGACAUGGAUGGGUCUGUUAGCCCACAGCAGUCACCCAUGUCUCCACAAGCAUCACAAGCUGCCAAAGCUGACGGUUUAGGGUCGGCAGUGCUGAGCUUUGACAGCCAGGUGAAGACGAGUCCUUCAGAGGAGCUGGUUGGGAAACACAUUCCCAGUGGUUUUCAAGAUGAGAGAGAGGAAGAGAGAGAGGAAGAGGAAGUUGAGAAGCAUGGUAAAGAGGACGAGAGCAAAGAUUUCACAUCUGAUCAGGAGAAAGAGUUGGUGGAGAGUCCUGCCAUGCCCGAUAGUCGUUCUAUCAUAGAGGAUCAACAGGAGGAGCAAGAAAGAGAUGUAGAGGAGGAAGAAGAAGAACAAGAUGAAACAGAAGUAGUUCUUCCAGUCCACAGCACUGUUGUCCCAGAUGUGUCACCACAGAAACAAGAAAGCUUUGACAUUAAGCCCUUCGACAUGCUAUCCCAACCCCAAAUGACUCCAGAUGAAGCAAAGAAACGAGGCCUGUCAUUUGACUACACUGAAUCCGAGAUUGUUCAUCAGGGAACCCCUGACCGCUGGGAAAAUGGCUCUGAUAAGACUCCCCCAGAGAGCAAAAGUCCUGAUUCCUGCAGGGCUGACCCUGGUUCCCCUUUGUCCCCUAGUACUGCUCCUGAUCACACCCAGGAGUCACCCAUCACUGACCACCAGAGCGAAGCCCAAGAGUAUGAACCAGUGCAAGAACAGGAAGUGGAAGUGAUCAGUAUUCCUACAGCUCAGCAGGAGGUCAUAGUACCCACGAUGGAGCCAGAAGUAGACACCAAACCUGAGGAUUCCAAAGACGACAAACCAGAGAAGUACCUGGAGACAACUGACGAAGAUCUCAUUGCUACUGUUGAAGCAGCACAAAGCACUGAGCCUGUUGCCCAACCGGAAGAAGCAGCAGCCGCUUUUGCUGAUGUUGAAUUUGAUGCUGGUGAACCCUGUCCUCCAGAACCAAUUAAAGCAGCACCAACAAAAACAGCACCUGUUAAAGAUGCUGCCAUUAAAAAAGCAAAGAAGCCCAUUGCUGCAGUCGAUGCAACCCCUGCCCCCAAAUCCACCACAAAACUCGAGAAAGUUCCCUCAAAAGACGCCGCGCCAGCGCGAAAAACAAGCGCCCCGUCCAAAGCCAAGCCUGGAGCAGCAGCAGCUGAUAAAAAGACCCCUUCCACAUCCACACCAGGCAAAGCUAGACUCAACUCCACCACUAAACGAGCCUCAUCAAUCCCAGUGCCCCCAUCCAAACAUAUCUCCACCUCCGCUUCUCCCUCUGCCCCUGUUUGUGCCUCAGCCAGAGCCGCUUCUCUAAAAUCUAAACCACACACUGCAGGAGCCAAGGAGUCCAGAGCCACAGCCGGUGAUGCUAAGACGAAGACUAAACCUCAGGGAAUUGGCACCAAAAUCCCUGCAGCCGAAUCUCCUAAGACUCCUGAUCGUAGCGGCUGCAGCAGCCCUGCCACCCCGAAAUCUCCGGCCAGUCGCAGCAGCACACCUGGGCAGCAGGUGAAGAAGGUGGCAGUGGUGCGCACUCCACCCAAAUCUCCCGGGUCUCUCAGAUCUCGCGCACCCAUUGCCCCUGUUGCGCCCUUGCCUGACCUGAAAAACGUCAAAUCCAAGAUCGGUUCAACUGAGAACAUCAAACAUCAGCCUGGGGGCGGAAAGGUGCAAAUCCCCAGCAAGAAGAUGGAUCUGACCAGUGUGCAGGCAAGGUGUGACUCCAAAGCCAACAUCAAGUACUCUCCAGGAGGUGGCAAUGUUCAAAUUGUGAACAAAAAGAUGGAUCUGAGCAACGUGCAGUCAAAGUGCGGCUCGAAGGCCAACAUCCACCAUAAACCAGGUGGCGGAAACGUGGAGAUCAAAUCAGAGAAGCUGGAGUUUAAAGCUCAGUCGAAAGUGGGAUCUCUGGACAACAUCGGCCAUGUGGCCGGAGGUGGGAACAAGAAGAUUGAGUCUCAUAAGCUGAUGUUCCGUGAGCAGGCGAAGGCUCGCACUGACCACGGCGCAGACAUCGUGGUUAAAUCCCCCUCCGUGUCAGCAGAGGGUUCACCCCGCCCCCUCAGCAAAGUUUCCUCCUCUGGCAGCAUCAACAUGAGUGAAUCGCCGCAGCUGUCCACGCUCGCAGACCAGGUGACCGCUUCACUCGCUAAACAGGGCCUGUGAUUCGACCUCCCGCUGCGCCUCGACCACCUCCACACCGAGACAAACGCAAGGCUGUAACAUGGCAAUUUAAAAAAAAAAAAAGGUUUAAAAAAAAUUAUAAAAAACAAGCAUUUCACCUCAGUCUGUUAAAAAAAAAAAAAAAAAAGGUGCUUGCUGGAUUUCUCCAUGAAUUUUGGUUCUUGACUGCAAGGGACUGAUAAUUAAUAAUGUUAUUGUCCUGUUCUGUCUGAUUAAUUGAACUCAUACGGUGCUGUAUUGAUCUGUUUGGUCAGUCACAGCAUAUAGAAGCCCAUCUACAAUGCUAAAACAUCCUCUUUAUACCGUACGCCGACUUUGCCAUCUCCCUCCCUCUCUCUCUCUUUCUCUCUCUCUCUCUCCCUCUCCCUCUCUCUCUCUCUUUCUCUCUCUCUCCCUCUCUCUCUCUCUCUCUCUCUCUCUUUCUCUGUGCUUAGUUGCCUUAUUGUGAAAGCUUCCCUCUCAUCACCCUUUAUUAAUUUAUUUCACCUUCACUAGUAGGGAUUUGUAAUUUUUGUUGUUUUUUUUUUAAAUAUAUUAAUAGAUACUACCUGAAAUUGGACUGUGAGGGAGAAAACAAGCCAAAACGAGCUACCAGGAAGCACUGAGACGGUAUUUAAUGCCGACUUUGAGAAUGACUAAGCAGUUUGUUGGCAUCCUGACAAUUAUCCACAUGUUCGCUGCAGAAUUCAUGCACAUUAUCAUGCUGUCAAACUAUAAAAUAUACAACCCAGGCUAAACACACACACACACACACACACACAGUUGUGUUUUAUAUAGCAGAAGCUUUGCAAUCAAACGGGAGCAUUGUUAGCGUUAACAUUAGUUACAGUAAUAUACUAAUCUCCUAAUGCAUAAACUAGUGAACAUGUGAAAUUUGCAUUCAUGCACAACAGAUGCUGUAAUUAUUAUUACUAGGGCCGCGCGAUAGAGAUUAAAAACAUGUCGCAGUUACAUUACGAUACAACCUUGCAAUAUAUUAAACAAACUGAUAAACCGGUGGCUCGUCACCAUUAAACAUCAGUCUGGUUUUAUUUUUUGGAGUAACACAACAACAGAAAACUUGUGUGGAGGUCAAAGUGCUCACAGAUCACAAAUAAAUAAAUAAAUAAAUAAAAAAUUUUAAAAGUUGUGGAUCUUUUCCAUGUUGCAGGCGCAAAAGCUGAUAUCGUUAUCGCAGACCUGCCAACCUUUAUGCAUUUUGCGUAAGAACUCCGUAUUUAAACUUUCACUCAAAUAAAAUACACAAAAAACUCUUCUUUUUUUCUCCAAACGGCAGAGAAAAUCGACAUGCGAAUCUGGAAUGAUUGACAGUUGUGUAAGUGUUUUGAAAUCGCUGAUAGCCCCGCCCCCGCCCCAUAUCACGCUAGUAGUGUUUCGACUCGAUUCAGUUUUCCCACUUGAAAGACAUGCUUUGAGUUCAUUAACGUGAAAUAAAAUCUAUCAGUGUAUGUUCGACGUCAGUUUUCUAUAUUUAUUACACUGCAAAAAAGCUUAGCAUGUGAACAUAUCUUGAAUAUAGACAAAUGUAUGCAAUAUUUCCUAUUAUGAGAUUAUUGUAAAUCAAAUAAGAUUAUUCAGCCGGUUUUUAGAUGAUUUCACACAUUUCCCGUUUUAAAUUAUAAAUAAAGUUAGAACAAUUAUUUGCCAAUAGAACAAGCUUGAAAUGUCUAGAAACAGGUAUAAUAAUCGUAUUUUUUGAUUUAUUGUGACCUUAAAAUAGUUAAAUUCAACUACAUUUGAGACAUUUUCACUUGCUAACAUGAUAUUUUUGCCGUGAUUAGGUGCAUUGAACAGCUUCCACUGAAAAUGGUUAAAAAUGAAAAGGAAGAGAAAAAAAAAACAGAUGAAAAUUUUGACUGGGAAAAAAAAGUGAACAGGAAAGUGUCAAUUAUUUUAAUGGAAAAUGUCGUCCCAGUUUCUACAAGGGACGUUAAGACAAGUGAUUUGUAAAAUGGAGGACGACACAUGAUUCUUCUUCAGGGUUGGCAGGUCUGACGGUGAUUAAAGAGCAUACAGUGCAGCCUUGCGUCUUAGUCUACAGAAUAUUCUAACAGAUAAAUGUUUCAUGCGAUCUCUGUACAGUUUACAACCUUAUUAGAGUUCAGUACAAAAAAAUUCACUAAUUUUCUGAGUGUGAAUAGUUACCUGUGAAAUUUGCCUGUCUUCAGCCUCAAAUGUGCAUUCGUGCAUUUUGCUGUACUGUAAUGUAAAAACUUAUUACACACACACACACACACACACACACACACACACAGCUUUAUACUUCAUGUUCAGUGUACAGUUCAGUCAAUCAGUAAUCAAUUAAGAUUAAUUACAGACAGAUAAGUACUCAUUUUCCUCCUUUUAGCGUACAUACUGAGUAACUCCACAUCCUGAACAUUAGUGAUCACUCGUGCUGAUGAUGAGCUGCUCUAAUAAACACAUUAUUCCAUGCGAUUGAAUAUGAUAAAUAACACCUGAGUAGAUCACACCUCGAGUGAUAAAAUAUGCACAUCUGUUCUAAAGUUUAAGAUCAAACCUUAGAGAAAAUAUUGACCGAAAAUGAAACGUAAACAAAGGUUUCCUCUUCUCUCUUUCUUCCUUUUUUUGCUGUCUGAAGUUUGCUAAUGUAGCUAACAAGCUUGUAAAUCUAAAUCAGAACCAUCACACACCACUCAGUCGUCUUUGUGGAGUUUUUUAGUAUCUCAUACCUACAACUCAUGUAUGUGGGUUUUUCCUCCCUCUGUUUUCACCUGCCAGUUCCCAUCCACCAGCCAGCUCUCCCCUAUCACAUGACAGCUACUAAUCAGGAGGGUGAAGGAUAUCACAUGCUUCCUCCAAGAGACAUGAAGUUAGCUAAAAGCAUCUUUCUUUUCAAACUGCUGCUCAUGCUGUGUCACAGAGCAGCGUAACACACUCAGAGUAAAGCGCUGUCUGCCCUCUUCCGCAUACCUGAGCUCACACAUGCCUAUAAUUGGUUACUGUCACUGUGAUUGACAGAAAAGAGAUGAUGCUCCUACCAUCCAAAGAGCAUGAUAGUAUUAAUAUUAUUAAUACAUGGCUAAUAAUAUUAAGUCACACACUGUUCUUUAUUUUAAAAAAAUUCAAUGCUUCAUCUCAGUGUCAGACUUGGGUAGGAGGUGUGGCUUUUAGCUAUUCUGCUAAACGUGUUCUGUUAUUAUAAUCUGUACAAAUAAUAUUACUGAGCCAAAUGAUAUGGGGAUUAUUUAGACAAACUGACAGCUCGAAGUUUCCCUUCGUAGCUCCAGUAGUUAUCUUCAGACAACAAACAUGUCCUUACUGAUCAACUACAUUUGAAACGAAGAGGAAACCUUGUGUACAUGUCAUAUUUUGUCUGAAUUCUAUUUUAUCUGUUACGAAGCAGCUUUACAGAAAUCCAGAGGUGACCCAGGAAAAAAGUACUGAGACGACAUGAAGAAACCUGCACACCGGAUAGUGUGAUUAUUAAAUCAUUACAGUGUACAGGUGUAGAAGAGUAAAGACAAACAGUACCACGUGUGUUUACAGGAUGUUCAGUAUGAGCAGAUUGUGAAUAAAAGUCCUGGGAGGAGCUUCAGGACAGUCUUUAUGAUAACAGCAGCAGCUCGUAGAUACAAAUACUCCUUUAAAGUCAAAAAUCAGAAAAUGAUCACUUUAUAUUGGUGGUGGAUGUUAUGCUGUUUAACUCCUUUCCUCUUUAAACUUAAAUAUUUAUAAACAUGCAUCGCGCUGCCUCAUGAACCGUCUUUGCAUGUAGUUCGGCUCCAACAAGUGUGUGAAUAUAGAACUGGUCCAGUUUCACCAUAUCCGAAAACGCGCUAGAGUAAUAUUACAAGUCUUAAUAAAUAGAGGUAGUGAUGUGUGAUACACGGCGUAAAUGUGAGUGACAGUUAAGUUUAAAAAAAAAAGUGCCUCCCUUUUCCUCGCUCACUAAAACUCUGAUAAAUGUAAAUAGUGAAUGCUGAGGAUUUGAUUUGGGAAAAGAAAAUGCAACAGAAAACAUGCAGAGCUGCUAUAAACCUGUUCUAAAAGAUGCCUUGAUUAAAGACAAAUCUGGUGUAAUGGUCAACAUUUAUCUGCUUCAACAAAUCACCUACUGCUUAACUUCACACACAGAGAUGAACUCCUCUUACGCACUAAACCAACCUGAGAAUGAAAGAAUAAAAACAAAAUCAUGCAAAAAUCCAAACUAAGCAUUUGUUAAUAGUGUUCUUGUAGAUGUGAGACGUGUUAGAAAAGAAUGCAUUGUUCUUGUUUUUAUUUCCUGAUAUUUAUUACCUUUUUUAUAUCUUCAAUGCACCUCAGCUUUAUUCCCUUUUGAUAUUAAAAAAAAAGAAAAAAUAACAAGGAUGUGAAUGAGUAUCAACGUUACCGCGAGCCGCUUCUUUCCCUCUGAUGAUUCACACGUUUAAAGUGACCACGGAGGCAAAACUGGAGGUGACAUUUCAGGCAAAAAUGAAACGCACUCCAGUCAGCCAAGACGUGUUUGGUGUGUUAAGUUUGCUUCGUGAUUUGAGAUUGAGGUCUUAAAGGUGAGUGAUAAACCGGUGGCUUCUAGUCUUCUAUUAUUUGUUAGCUAUGUUAUCCUUGUAGCGCUAGUAAAAAAUUAAGAAGCAAACCUGAGACACUGAACAUGAUUUAAGGUCUCAGCGUACUUAAUGUGGAAACCUCAGCAGUUUCAUUUUGGUCAUCGCGUACGAGUGCGCCAAUCCUGCAGACGGCGCUGUUAAAAUUUGACAAUUUCCACGACUACAGGAAGAUGAUUGCCACAAAGUCAUCCAUCUUGGAAUGAAUUGGUUCGGUUUGGGUACUUGCCAUGUGCACGAUGUCAUAUUUUAAAAUUUUUUCGUAAGCCGCAUGGUGUACGCUGAGGCCUUCAGCUGAUCAAACUGUUCCUUUAAUUGUUCAUACACAAUAUUAUAUUUAAAAAUUAGAAUAAAAGGAGAUGAUAGAGGGGAAAAACAUAUACACUAUCUAAAGCUUUUACCAAGAUUGAUCAUGCCAGUGAGUCCUCAGAACACUGGAGGUUCAUUUUUCCUGUUUUUAACAAAACAACAAGGUGAUAGAAACAAAAAUGGCUUAACUCUUUAGCCUUAAAAUAAGUAAUUGAUCAUGCGUUGUGGGAAAAAUCAUUAAAGCCCCAAGGAGAGGUAUCUCUGUACAUCAUCUUGCAUCACCUGCUGAACAUCUUUAUUAUUAAAACAGCACUAAUGCUCUAAAAUCAUGAAAAAAACUAAGCAUGUGUGUAAAGUUGUGUAAAGCAGGCUGAUGGAUUUGAUCGUGUGAACUCGACAGGGAAAGCACACUCUCGCUCUCUGCGCUGCGGUUUUCCAGUCCACUCUGAGCUUAAUGGUUGUGAUUGUCCUCACUGUAGUUGUGCGUUUUAUCAGUUACUUUACACUCACUCUCGCUGCUGUGAACCUGGAUUUGGAAAUAAAGUCGGUAUUAAACCCCC